UAGUUUCAACUCACAGUUUGUUUAUUCAACAUGCCAGACAUACGACCGCUACCGGAGGAAUUGCAAAAAAUUGCAAUUACAGAAUUAGGAGAAGUACCAGAGAGAAUUGCCGAGGAUCUACAUGUUCUCAAGGCAUGGAUACGGCAACAACCACACCUGAAGGCCUGCAUUGAAGAUCUAUUUCUGAUACAAUUUCUUCGUGGCAGUAAAUAUAGUUUGGAAAAGGCCAAAGAAAAGCUGAGCAAUUUCUAUACGCUCUCUGCGAAAUCACCGCAUUUGCGAAGUAUGGCAGAUGUAGACGAUCCAACAUUUCGCAGGGUUCACCGAACUGGAUGCUUAACCCUCCUACCGACACCAUUGAUGGAGCAUGGUCCACGAAUAAUAGUCGAGCAAGUGACUUUUGGGCCUAACGAGUUUACAAGCGAUGAAAUCUCACGCUACGUCUGGACAAUAGCUGAAAUUGUGAUGCAGAGCGAUCCCUAUGCUUGCAUUCAAGGUUUGGUCAUUGUUAUGGAUUUCUCCAAGGUAACGCUUCAACAUUUGCAUUUGCUCUCGCCGAAAAUGUUACUGGAGGUGAUGAUGUUUAGCGAAAAAGCAUUGCCGCUACGCAUUAAAAGGGUGUUGGUUUUAAAUUGUCCAACCUUCGUACAGACCUUGCUCAAUUUCGCGCUGUCAUGUUGUUCGGAAAAGUUUCAGAAACGAAUCCAUGUCUCCGAUGGCAAGAAUAUUGAUAAAUUCGCAGACGUUUUUCCCAAAAAAUAUCUGCCACAAGAUUUUGGCGGUGAAAACUCCUCAGUGGCAGAUAUUUGCAGGGAAUUUGAAAAAGUCAUCGAUGAAUAUCGGAAUUAUUUUAAGCGUAAUUCGGAGUGUGGAAUUGAUGAAAGACUACGUUUGGAAGAAAGUAAUUUUAACAAAAAUACAGAAUUCGGUGCUGGAGGUUCAUUUAGAAAAAUAAAUGUUGAUUAAUUUUAUGGUGUA